AUGCCAUCUAUCCGACCUGCGACGAUCGCUGAGCUUGCGGCAGUCUCUAAACCUUCCCCAGACAACUCGCAGCCGCUGAAAUACUAUCUGCGGCUUGCGGAGACCCACAAACGGGCGGGAAGGACACUUGCUUCUGCCGCCGGAACCGGCCCGACGACCACCAACCCGACGGGCAGCUACGAUGUUGGUCUCGAUCUUGAGAGGUCGUUUAUCGAGUUUGCGAAGGCGGCGACGCUCAUCGUGGACAAUAUCCCUGGCCACAGAGACUAUGCCCAGGAGUUGACCGAGAAACAGAAGUCUAAUUUAAGCGCGAACGGGCAGGACCUACUCAACUUGCUUGGUCGUGUGAGGACUACACUAGUGGAGCGCUACGAGCGAUGGAGUCAGAGUCCUGCAGCCAGUGCGCCUGACGCGAAAGACGCGGUACCUAUGUUUAAGCUAUACCCUUCACCAGGGAGCGGACCACCACGACCAGCACCGCAAAUGAAGGCCAGCCAGGAAGCCCAUCUAGAGGCGCAACGACAAAUGGCUGAGGAAGCUGCAAUGUGGAAGGCCCAAAGGGAGGAAGCGACAAGGAAAGAUGCGCAAGAAGGAAUUGUUUAUGAGGACAUUGCGAGGCGGAUGGGUGAUGAGUCAAAGAGGAGGGCCCAGAGAGAGGAAGCGAUCAGAAGAGAUGUUCGAGAGGAAGCUAUUCGAAGAGAUGCCCAAGCAUAUUCCAACUCACCAACCAGCUCGGCUUCAAGCUACCGAGGAUCGACAUCAAGCUCAUCGUAUACCCAAGCCUCAUCACAAACAUCGAUCUCAACACCACAAUCCAUGCCAUUGCCGGUGUCUAUGGCCUCUAUGGGCGGACACCCUUCUACCACAUCUCAGCCUGCGGCCCUACCCCCAAGUUUUGCUGCUCGACCAUCAGUGUUGACGUCGUCAAAUGGGAAUUACCCAUCAAGCGCUGGUGUCUCUUUCCCGCAACCACUUCACCAAAGUCCAUCAACUCCGUCCUCCUCUACGUCGUAUCCUUCAACACCAGCUUCUGCUACUAUACCAACUCCAGGGCCCAUGCCUUUGAGGCCACUAUACGAAUAUGAUGGUGAAAGCACGGAUUCAGAAGGACCCAGCGGAUGGAGAACAACAAGGACGAAUGCUCCCCAAAUGCGACCAGGCCUACCCUCGCUCUCUAGUUUGAGCCUUUCGGAUUCUACCCGUUCCAUUGACGGACUGCCUCCGAGUGUAAAUCAGCAUCUGAGCGUGACCUAUCCUUCUCUGGCACGUUCCAUGUCAACCCAUCAACGUACGCAAGGCUACAUUCCUGGUGCAUCUGCUCCAACCGACAGUUUUGCUGGAAUUGGUGCUUCAAAUUGGGGCGCUAGUCAAGCUAUUGAAGCUGCUCGGACAGCAGCAGCAAGACCGUCAGAGCUUCCUCCAGCGUCGUAUUCGACUAGCUUUGCCCCGGUUUCGUCUCCAACGCAAACACAGCCCCAACAAUAUCCACAACAACAACAGCAGCAGCAGCAAAGACCCUCUCCUCCACGUGUACAACCCUCCGCUUCGCUAGACCGGCGGUCGUCACAAUCGAGAAGGCCUUCUGAUCCAAGUGCGCUCUCGACGAAGCUCAAAACUGUCGUUCUGCCGCAGACGAUAAUACCGCGCUUCCUCUCGAUUGCGAGUGCGAAUACUGCGAGGAACCUCGAGACAUGUGGGCUGUUGCUUGGCCGCGAGGUCAUCAGAGAGAACGACAAGGCGCGGUAUAUCGUGCAGACGCUGUUGAUCCCGAAACAGCAUGCCACGAGUGACACAUGCACGAUGGACGAGGAGGAGGCGGUGCUGGCGUUUACGGAAAGCAGGGACCUUAUUACGCUUGGCUGGAUACACACCCACCCCUCACAGUCGUGUUUCAUGUCUUCUGUCGACCUCCACACCCACGCGUCGUUCCAGUGCAUGCUCCCCGAAAGCUUUGCUGUCGUCUGUGCUCCGAAAUCCGAGCCCCGAUUUGGGAUAUUCCGCCUCACGGACCCGCCUGGGCUCAAGACCGUCCUGCAAUGCACGGAGAAACAGGCCUUCCACCCGCAUCCAGAUCUGCCGAUCUAUACGGACGCGGACAAGGGGCAUGUCCAGAUGCGGGAGAGUGCGCCGCUGGAGAUUGUUGAUUUGAGGUAG